AGUAUUAGAACGUAACCGACAUGACAACUGUAAGUAACCUAUUCUUAGGAAGACAUUAGUUUCUUCUCUUCUACUAUUUCUUCUAUUCCCCUCGUUCAGUCGUCUAUUUAAGUCCUACGUCCCCAUUUCUGCUAUUCUAUGGCUUAGUAGCAAACUUCGUCCAAGUCUCACGUGACCGCGUGCGCCAUUGAACAUUUUCCUCAAAACCGGUUUCCGACGAAGUUAUCCUAUCCUGGUUGGUAUAAGCCACUUACAACAAUGGAACUUACCUCUUAAUAUGAGAACCUCUCACUCGCAAUUUACAGACGAAAUAAACUGUUCAUCUCUUAUAAGAAACCCGAAAAAGAAAUAAGAUAAACUUGUGAAUCCAAUCCCGCCGGCAUGGCCCCUCCUAUAUCCAAUACAUCAGCCGAGCCCACGCUCUACGACAUCCUGUCGCUAACUCCCAAGCAUCUAGAGGGCCAAGCCGGCAUAUCUCAGCAGCAGAAGAUCGUAAAACAAGCAUAUCACCGCGCGUUGUUAAAACACCACCCGGACAAGUCAGCCGGUGGCAAUACUCCCCAGGGCAGCAGGACAUCUACACCAACACCUUCUACUUCUACUUCUACUUCUACUUCAAAGCCAGGCCCUAAACAGCCGUCACAACCACGCAUCGCAUACACCGUAGACCAAAUCCAGCACGCCUACGCAGUCCUCUCAGACCGCAAGCAGCGCACAGACUACGACCGAGCUCUGCGCACGGCGCCCUCCCAGCGGCACUCUCACCAAUCCACCUCUUCGUCGUCGUUCCAGACGGGCGUCGAGACCGUCGAUCUAGACGACCUAGCAUUCGACGAGCGGACGGGGCUGUACUACCGCGCCUGCCGGUGCGGCAACGCGCGCGGAUACGCAUUCACCGAGGACAACCUGGAGGAGUUCGAGGACGACGGCGUGUUGAUGGUCGAGUGUCUCGACUGCAGCCUCUGGAUCCGGGUUUUGUUCGCCGCAGCCGACGAUGAUGGCAACAACAACAACAACGACGACGACAACAGGGAUAAUCAUGUCGUAGCUACUACUACCACAACCACCACUGCCGGUCCCGCGAGAAGCGCUAGUGCUACAGUUCGCGAGGCGGCCGUUACACUAACGAUGGGAAGCGGUGCAGACGCAGUCACAUCAGCAGGGGAGAGACGGGGCAGCGGCACCGGUAGGAACUUCACGUUUAACUGGAGUGUCAACUGGGGCAUCUCUUUGUCGGGGUCCGCGACGGCGGGGACCAGCACAAGCGGCUCGCGGAGGUAGCAGCUGCCAAGAGACGUCGGGAUACAAUAUCUACAUAUCGUGAGACAUUCCUUGUAGAUGAUGUCGUCACAACUCAAUCCGAUAGGCUCGCUUUCGUUUCUACCCCAACAGAUAAAGUAUAUCACGUGGCCUGGACAUCUACAUCCAAGUCGAUGGAAAGGUGAUUUAACAUAGUCGUGUAUUUACGAAGGGCACAUUAGGAGUACGAGACGGUAGAGGGUUGGUACAUUGGCCUAUGCUGGCUAAGAUUUCAAGCUGUUACUCGGGUAUGAUAUAAUGCGAAUGAUUUACGAGCUAGUAGUAUAAUCAAAAGGGUAAUAUAUUACCCAUGCAGUGAAAGGCUUACGAUGUACUCUUAAGAGUAAAGAUGUAACCUAAAUAUUUACAGAUGAACUAGUAGUAAAGUUAAAUGUAUGCCUUGGGUCUUUUUAUAUUAACAGCUUAAGCAUAUACUGGCCAAUCGAGCCCAAGAGGAUACUAUUACUGCCUAAGUUGUAAUUCCAUCCUGCAAAGAUCCUACGAAAGUCCAUUGCUCAUGAAGAAUUCAUAACAUUAAUAUUGCCUGUGCAAGUAGAAAGUAUGGGGUUUAUUCAGACGAAUUUGCAUUAGAGUCUAAAGGGCAAGCAUUCUGCGAAAGACCUACCAAAAGCUCUUUAGCCCUUUUGCCUGCGGGAAAAAG